UGCGCAGAUCUCCGGAUGUGACGUCUCAAAACGCGUCGAGUAUCCGGUGCGCAACUCCGUAUUGUAUUAUUUUCUUUUUGAUAUUGAAUAGGGUAUUCUAGCGUUCAUCAUGUUUAUAUAGUCUAUGCGUCACUUAAAACGUAGACUAUGAACAUAGAGCGAUAAUCUGACGUGAUAUGGCCAGCAAUAAUGAUGUUAUUCAUAUCCUAAAGUAGAAGAAAGUUCUCUAUUGUGUGCUCGCAGGCUAUCCCAUUAGCCAAGUAUUGUCCUACUUAUAUCAGUGUAGGUAAGUUAUACACUGCUGCCGGGAGUUGUAUUAACCUAACUGAAACUAUUUAUUGCUGAACCUUUACAUCCACGUCCUGUUAAUAUAUUACGCCCAGAAGUACUUUUUUCUACCAAAGAUCUGGACUCGUUGGCAACAUGCCGGAGAUCAAAAUGAAACACGUCGUCUCCUGCAGUAGCGAAGACACUACACACAAGGCGGACAACCUUCUGAGCUCCGACACGUAUCGGAAGUGGAAAGCUGCGCGUCCCGGAGAGAAGCAGACCUCCGUCAUUCUACAGCUUGAGAAGGAGGAUCAGAUUCACAGCAUCGACAUCGGAAACGAGGGAUCUGCUUUCAUAGAAGUCCUGGUGGGGAACUCCUCUUCUACCAGGGACCAGGACUAUGAGGUUUUGCUUGUCACCUCCUCCUUCAUGUCCCCUACAGAGAGCAGGAACAACACAAACACCGGCCGGGUCCGCUUCUUUGGGCCCAGCCAGCUGCAGAAGACCCCUGCUCAGGAGAAGUGGGACCGGGUCAAAAUCGUGUGCAGCCAGCCCUACAGUAAGAAUAUUGCAUAUGGCGUUGCCUUUGUCAAGUUCCACUCCCCGCCAGACAAGAAUGACCCUCCGACCACCACCCCGCCGAAGCUGACUAAGUUGGGUCAGUUCCGUCUGAAAGAUGAGUCUCCCCCCGCUAGCACCAGCCUGCAGCCCGGCAGUCUCUUCUUCAACCGGGAGAACACUAAGCCUAGCCCCGCCCCUAAAGUUUCUCCUCAGAAUGAUAAGUUGAGCUAUGCGGCUGCAGCGUUGCAGACUGGAGGAGGAUCACAGCCAUCAAAGUCCCCUCAGCAGGCUGUGAAGAAGAAGUUUGAGUUCAGCAAAGAGCGACAGGAUGCCCCGGCCGCCUCACCCUCCACGAAAGCCACUCCCCCGGGGUCUCCAGAGAGGAAGCCCCCCACCCCUAAAGCCACCGCCAAGAACCCCACCCCUAAAGCCACGCCCAAGACCACCACGCCAACCCCUAAAGCCAAGGCCAGCCCAGCCGCCCCAAGCAGCAGCAGUAAAGCCUCCACUCAGAAGGUGGACUCCCGUCGUCGGGAGGGCGGGUCCCGGCCGUCGGGGUCUGACCCCGUUCCUCUGAACCGGGUCCUGGAGGGCGUGGUGUUCGUCCUCAGCGGCUUCCAGAACCCCUUCAGAGCCGAGCUGAGGGACAAAGCCCUGGCCCUGGGGGCCAAGUACCGGCCCGACUGGGCCUCAGACACCACCCAUCUCAUCUGUGCCUUUGCCAACACGCCCAAGUACAGCCAGGUAAAGUCAGCGGGCGGUCUGAUCGUGAGGAAGGAGUGGGUGCUCGACUGCCACAAGAGGAAGUGCAGCAUCUCCUAUAAGAGGUAUCUGAUGGACGGUGCGGAGGACAGCUCGGGGAGUGAGAUGGAGCUGGGGAAGGACAGCGGUGACGAGCAGGAGACCCGGCGGACCCCCCAGAAGCCAGUGAGACAGCCCACACCCAGGAAGAACAUCAAGAUCGAGGAAGACGAGUAUGGAGCAUCCACCGACAUAGAGGAAGGAGCCCAGGAUGGGGAUUCUGCCAUGGAUACAGAGGACGAACUGCAGAGGGUGGAGAGUGACAAGCCAAAGGCAGGAGAGAAGAAGAUAAAGACGGAGGACCCUUACGGAGGUUCCACUGACGAGAACACGGACGCAGAGGAGGAACAAGAUCUGCCAAUCCCGGAGCUCCCUGAUUACCUGACAGGGAAGAGGUUUUUCCUCUUCGGUAAAUUCCCAAACAACGAGAGACGGCUUCUGCUGCGCUACAUCGCAGCCUUUAACGGUCAGGUGGAGGAUUACAUGGAUCAGAAGGUUCAGUUCGUUGUGACCAGUGAAGGAUGGCAGGACUCCUUUGAAGACGCACUAAUGGAGAACGGCAACCUGAACAUUGUGAAACCUUCCUGGAUUUAUGCCAUCAACGACAGACAGAAGAUGCUGCCUUAUCAGCCCUACACUGUAGUCCCCUAACACACACACGCACACACAUUCACACUCUCUCUGGGACUGUUUUGGUUUUGUGGUUUAAAGUAUGUGUUAAAAUGUAGAAAAAUUUAGUUAAACUUGUUUCAGCAAACAUUCUGAAUUAUUUAGUAAAUAUUUUGGGAUAUUGUAGUCACUUGGUAUUUCAGUGUGUGUCUCGUCAGCUGAAUAUCAAGUGCAGUUCUGUGUCUUGUUUCCUCGACCCGUACUUGAUAAUAAAUUACAUUUUCUAAUUUUA